GGCCGCCUCCGGAGAGGAGGCGGUUUCGGCCCGAGCGGCGGCGGCGGCGGAACGGCGCUGUGGGUGAGGGGGGAAGAUGCCCGUAGCGGUGAUGGCAGAGAACUCCUUCAGCUUCAAGAAGCUCCUGGAGCAGUGCGAGACGCAGGAGCUCGAGGCCCCUGGAGGAAUUGCAACACCCCUUGUUUAUGGCCAACUUCUAGCCUUAUACUUGUUGCAUAAUGACAUGAAUAAUGCGCGAUAUCUUUGGAAAAGAAUCCCUUCUGCUAUUAAAUCUGCAAAUGCUGAACUUGGUGCAGUUUGGUCAGUAGGUCAAAGAAUCUGGCAGCGGGACUUUCCAGGGAUCUAUACAACGAUCAGUGCACAUCAGUGGUCUGAGACUAUUCAACCGAUCAUGGAAGCACUUAGAGAUGCAACUAGGAGACGAGCCUUUGGACUGGUUUCUCAGGCAUAUACCUCAAUAGUUGCAGAUGACUUUGCAGCCUUUGUUGGGCUUCCUGUAGAAGAAGCUGUGAAAGGUGUAUUGGAACAGGGCUGGCAAGCAGACUCUUCAACUCGUAUGGUAAUGCCUAAAAAACCUGGUGUUCUGGAAGCUUGCUUUAACAGAUUUAUUCCUUCAUCAGAACCUGCUCCAGUUCCACCAAUUCCAAAUGAACAACAGUUGGCCAGAUUGACUGACUAUGUGGCUUUUCUUGAGAACUGAUUACCCUGCUCCUGUGUUCAGAACAACUUGGGAAUCCUGUGUACUGACAGUUCUAGAAAUCUACGACUUAUUUUAUUUCUGUUUAAAUGUUGAGCAUCCCCUAUUGGAAUGUGUAAACUCUACAGUGUAUGUUGUUCCAUUUUGUGUUUUGCCAAAGCCAAGCUAGCAAUUGAAACAAUCCUUUGACUCCUGUAAUAUUUAUUCAGUAGGUACACAGCAGUAUUACAUGGUAAGUUUUUUUUUAUUGACUUGUAGCCAAGAGAGGCAGAACUUUUCUCAAGUAUACUAAGUGCAGAAGAAAAUCUUUGAGUACUGAAGCAGGUUAGUUGUAUUGAGGGAUUUGUGCUAGUGGAUUACGUGCUUCUACUGCAGGUACUGCGGUGCUUAUCCCAGAUCAAUUGCAUCUUGAACUUAAAUGCAAAGAGAGGAAGACUGCCCUACCUAUAUUUGUAGAGAGAAAACAUUGUGAUGAAACAACAACUUAAACCAAUUUACAGUAACUUUUUUGCAAGUCUGUUUUUGUGGCAUUUUGAUAACUUUCUUCUUGCUUGUUUUUCUAGAUUAUUAAAUCUGCCUUCUUGUUUUGAUUGACUUGAGAAAAAAAAAUUUCAUUGAGCAAUCUUUUUGCAGCACAACGUUGUAUGUGGGGCAUCUAAAGGAUAAGUUUUGAAGCCAUUUCAGAAAGGCAAAUGAGCAUUUGCUUUGAGGAAGCAUUUUUAUUACUAGAGGGCUUUAUUUUUGAGUGAUUGCAUGUUGGACAGCAGAUAUUUUGCUUGGUAACCUUACUGCAUUUUAAAGGCUGUCAUGUCAUUGUUCUCUUCAGUAUGCUGGGCCAGGGUCUGCUAGAAUCAGCUUUUGUCUGUCUUGACUUUCUGGAUUAUCUCUGCAGUCAUUCGGUAGAGGCCAAGCAGGAUGGAGAUGAUGCUUUAUGCUGCAAUGCCAAUUUGAGGAGUAAAUUUCCUAUACCACAGCACUGCUGUAAUAAUCUUUUGAGUUCAGGGUGGACUUCAGAAGCAGAAAGAAGAGGAUUUUUAUUCCCAGGCUGCUUUUGGUAAAAAGACUAUGGGAAAAUAGUGGUGUUUUAAAGGGCAGUGCUUGCCUUCACUGGCCUGUCCCCCUUCACUUUGCUUUUCAACAUGUUAUUUGGUGGUUUGUCAUUGAAGAUGUUGGUUGUGCUGUGUGUUAUGAUGUUUGUUUUUUUUUUUUUUUUUCAGUGUGCACUACCUACUGUACAUUCUCUCAUUGGGGGAUGUGUUAGUGAGGAGGAAUUCUAAACUGUGCACUGCUGCUUUGAGAGCUCCCUUUAUAUGUAAGCGUUUACUGAAAACGAUUAUUUAUUUGAAACCCACCUAGUCUUGGACUUCUAAAUAUGAUGCAAAUUCAUCUUCAGUGAUAUUAAAGAAAACAUUUACACUGA